AUGACGGCCAACGUUCUCCCGCUGUUCUGGCACCUCGCCUCGUCGUCGCGUGACACGCGACUCGGUGCGACUGCCGACCUUGUUUCCGCCGUCGAGUCCUUCCAGCGGUCCUUUGUCGAGGCCAAGGCGGCCAACGGCGAUAUUGAAGAAGAUGAGGAUGAGGAUGAGGACGAGGAUGAGGAUGACGAGGAAGAGGAUGACGGAGACGAGUCCGGCAUGGAGGUCGACGGAAGCGACGAUGACGAGGAGGAGGACCGCGCAACCCGUGUCAAGGCACAGCGUCUUGACUCGUCGCUCGCACGCAACAACGCCCCCGAUGUUGUGUACACCAUCAAGCGUCUCGUGAGGGGUCUUGCAAGCUCAAGGGAAAGCAGUCGUUUGGGAUUCGCUGUGGCUUUGACUGAGCUCCUUUCGAGGACACCAUCUGUGACCGCUGAGCAGGUGCUCUCGGGCAUUACUCGUUCGUCGCAGUGGAGCAACGGUGGCAAGGGUGCCGAUGAGCGUGACAUGAUGUUUGCGCGGUUGUUUGCCAUUGUCGCCGUUGUCGACUCUGGUGUCGUGUUUGCCGAUUCGGGUCGUCUCGAGGACUUUGUGACCGUCCUCGACUCGCUCGCCGCCCUGUCGGAGACCAAGGUGUGGAUCGCCGAGGCCGCGGGCUGGGCAGUGCAGCGGACUGUUGAGCUUCUCCUUGCCUCGAACGUUAGCUGGAAGAAGGAGGCUAUCGCGCAGGUUGUGGAGAAGUUCUACUCGGACAAGAUCUGGACCCCGGAGAAGAUUGCCCUCACUCUUGCCAUCGCCGACGCACCUGGCAUCGACCUCAAGUCUCUCCUCGCCCCCACCUUCAAGCACACUCCACUCCUUGCCGCUGGUAACCUCGUGACUCUCGGCCGUGUCCUCAAGGAGGGCGGUGUCGACGAGGAGGACAGCGCCACCCGCACUGGCUCUUACAAGCCCCAACUCCACUACGUCUGGGACUCUAUCCUUGCCGCCUACUUCUUGGAAGAGGAGGCUGCCACUGGCAUUGCUCCCUUUGCCGAGUUCUUCCGCGUUGUUGUCGACGAGUCGCUGUUCGCCAACACUGCCUCGGCUGAGCGCAAGUACUGGGGUUUCCAGGUCUUUGAGCGUGCCCUCCCCAAGCUCCCCGCUUCGUCGAUGCCCCUCAUCUUCACCCCCAACUUCAUGCGUUCGUGGAUCAACAACUUGUCCAGCGCCGACCGCCACCUGCACAAGGCUGCUAUGAGCGCCGCUCGUGUCGUUCAGGAGCAGGUCAAGGCCAACCCCGCCGCUGGUAUCACCCUUCUCUCGCAGCUUGUCGGCAAGCACGGCCGCCCUGACUUUGACCGUGUCACCAAGACCAAGACUGUCGAGUCUAUCAUGGCCAACCUCACCCCAGAGGGCGCCAGCGAGUACGUCGCCUACCUCGAGCAGGUCGCCCUCGGCUCCGACACCGACAAGUCGGACGCUGCCGGUCUCGAAGAGCGCCGUGUGUGGGCACUGGACCAGCUGGUCGCCCUGUGCCGCAACCGUUCUGUCCCCAAGACUGACGACUGGGUCGCUCGUGUUCUCGACUUCCUCCUUGUUCACAGCUUCUUCAUUGUCCGCAAGGCCGACAAGAAGAGCUCGAACAAGGCUCUCCACUCUGUCCCCAAGCCUCCCUUCUCGGAGACCACCGCUGCCGCUGCUCGUUCCCGCUUCGCCUCCGCCAUCAUCGACGUCACAGCCGCCGCCCCCAAGGACGGCCGUGCUCAGGGCACCGACGCUGCCGGCAAGCUUUGGCUGACCCGCGCUCUCGAGACCAUUGCUACUCUUGAAAACGACAAGAAGCACGUCGAGGUCGUGAGCGAUGCCGACGAUGAGAUCAAGGCCAUCCGCACUGCUGCUCGCAAGGUGCUCUCGUCCAUUCCUGAGAAGAAUGACACUGGCCGUGGUGUUCAGAUUCUCCUCUCGUUCCUCCUCCUCCAGACUUACGACGAGGUUGAGGAUGCCCUCGACCUGCUCGAGGACGCCGUGGGCGCCGCUGAGGGUCUGUUCGGCAAGAAGAAGCAGGCGACCGACGCCGACGCUCCUGCCCCCAUUGACGCCCUUCUUGACGGUCUCGUUGCUCUUCUCGACAAGAGCUCGGCCGACCUCCGCGCUCUCGCCAACCUUGUCUUUGGCCUGGUCGCCCCUGCCCUCACUUCCAGCUCCAUCCAGCACCUCGUCGCUCAGCUUGAGCAGUCGGGUGCCGCCCAGGAGGCCGACGCCGAGGGAUCGGAGAACGAUGACGACGAGGAAGAGGAUGACGACGAAGAGGAUGAGGAUGAUGACGACGACGAGUCUGACGCUGCUUCAUCCAUCGCCGUCGAGUCGGACGAUGAGGAUGACGAGGUCGACCCCGAGUUCCGGAAACGCGUUGCCGAGGCCCUCAAGGUCUCUGGCAUGGCUACUGCCGAGGGCGAGGGUGAGGACGAGGACAGCGACGACGAGUCCGUUUGGGACGACGACCAGAUGAUGAAGAUCGACGACCAGCUCGCCGCCGUCUUUAAGGCGCAGGGCAACUCGAAGAAGCGUAGCGACCUCAAGCACGCCGCCAUCGAGUCGCUGCACUUCAAGAACCGUAUCCUCGACUUCUUUGACACCUUUGCUCGUCGCCAGUGCGCCUCGCCGCUUGCUCUCGACAUUCUCACCCCUCUCCUCCGCCUGACGCGCGCCGGUGGCGACCUCGCCAACAAGGCCGCCGGUAUCCUCCGCACCCGUAUCGCCAAGGCCGCCCACGCCCCUUCGCCCUCGGCCGUCGACGGCGCCCACGCCAAGGUGGUCAUUGACGAGAUCCACGCCCUGGCCCGCAAGGCCCCCACUGCCGAGUUUAGCACUCUUUGCUCGACCGCUGCCCUCUUUGCCGCCCGUGCCGCCCCCACUGUUGCUCUCGAGGCCUACAAGGCGACCCUCGCCGACUUUAUGACCCGCAAGCAGUCCGACGUCCAGGCCGCCUUUGUCGCCGAGUACGUCCGUCGUCACCCCGCCAAGGCAUGGGCUCUCGCCACCGACCUCAUUGGCUACGUCGCCCCCAGCGCCGAGGCCACUGUCAAGCCGUACCGCCAGGUCCAGGCGUACGCCAUGCUCUCGACUCUUGCCACCCAGCUCUCUGCCCUUGUCAAGGCUGGCGACGUCUCCGCCGCCGACGCCGAGAAGGUUAUCAAGGGCGCCAUGGCCGACGUCUACGCCUCGCUCGAGACCGCCGCCACCGACGGCGGUAAGGCCGACCGCCUCAAGGAGGUUGUCAAGUCUGCCCUCGUGUUCGCCCGUGCUGCCAAGGCCCUGGACGGCGCCCGGGCCGCCGAGCUCUGCGACGCUUCGCGCCUCGCCACCGUUGCCGAGCAGGUCAAGAACGGCAAGACCAAGGAGAUGAAGGGUGUCCACAGCCUGCUCAAGCAGCUGGGCUCGAUGCUCGGCCAGAAGCAGGAGAAGGAGGCCAAGAAGGCUUCCAAGAAGGAGGCCGCAACGGAGGAGGCUGAGGAGGAGACCGCCAAGCCCAAGAAGCGUAAGGCGGAGGACAAGACCACCGAAAAGGCUGAGAGCAAGAAGCUCAAGGCCAAGGCCAAGAAGGCCAAGGCAUAG